UCUUGUCACAACGGUUGCCAAAAUAUGUAUUUCUGAAUUUGCUCCGUUCCACUCUCCCGUCCAGUAGGUGGCGGUAGUGCACUUGAAGCUGAUUAAUAACAAAAUACGGAUAUACAGCUGCUGUGUUUACAUCCUUCGCUGGCUUGUUAACACGAACAGAAUAAGAUAGCCAACAAUUUCUUUGCACGCAAGAAAACAAAUAUCUAAUAUAGCGUUUUGUAGCACCACAGUGGCGUUUGUAUGGGGGCGCAUGGCCUUUUGGGCAACGAGCCCGAGUCUAUCGACUAUUCCGUGCACGAAGCCUGGAACGAGGCUACUAAUGUUUACCUGCUGGUUAUUCUAGUUAGCUUCGGCCUGCUGAUCUACGCCAGAAAAAACAAGCGGAAGAUCAUGCGUAUCUUCACCCUGCCUCCCACGGCGGGGAGCAACCCGGAACCGAACUUCUACGACAGCCUGCAGAAGGUCCGUCUGCGACAACAGUUGGAGAUGUACUCUUUGGCAAGGAAGUUUGAGCAGCAGCAGACGGACAGUGUUCAACUCUCCAUGGAAUGAGGACGGCUCUGCAGCUCUUCUCUGGAAUGGACACCAUGACACUUCGUGUUGUGAUGGAUUUCACCUGUGAGGUGACUUGGUGAGAGGAACCAAAACCGUCACUGAACUUUUUCAUGCUGGAGAACAUCCACGGUGAAGAAUACCUACAAUGUAACAUUUUUUACGUGUUAAAUGUGCCAUGGUUACUUGUUAGAAUUCAGGCCUCAAAAAGGAGCAGAUUGGGGGUUGUACCAGUCAACGUUUGUAUUAUAGAACUCAUAAUAAAAGGAAAAUAUGACAUCACAA